UUCAACUGCAUUUGAGCAUACUAGCGAUCUCUCAUCAAGCUCCCAGAAAGUUUACGCUAAACCUCUUCCACUUACUAGUUCUCUUGAUUCCCUCAUUACAUUUUCAGCAUUUGUUUUUUAAAAUGGCCAACAUGCAAACUCCGAGAUCUCCCCUUCAACUUCCAACUCGUGGAAACCACAUCACUGUUCUCAGCAUCGAUGGAGGUGGAAUAAGAGGCAUUAUACCAGGAACUAUCCUUGCCUUUUUAGAGUCUGAGCUUCAGAAGCUGGAUGGUGCAGAUGCAAGGCUUGCGGAUUACUUUGAUGUGAUUUCAGGGACUAGCACUGGCGGCCUCGUGACUGCUAUGCUAGCUGCACCGAAUAAGCAAAACCGGCUAUUCUACAGGGGCCGAGGGUUGUGUGUGAUGGACUGUAGGCUUGGAUUUUCUUUGAUGGGUAUUAUUGGGUUUUGGGCUAUGGCUUUAUGA